AGAGCAUCCUAAUAAUGCUAAAGAUGGUUAUAUUAAUAAUUACCAUCUUCAGUGAGUGAUGGUGAAGAGGACUUUACCUCCAAAGGAAGUUGACACAAUGAUAGCAUCUGCCUCUUGCACAACAGUCCACACAGACACACACACACGCGCGCGCGCGCAUCGUGUCCUGAGCCGUGUCGUGCGGGAGACAGUUGUCUCUCAGCUGACAGAUGAGGGGCCUCGGUGCCGCCGGAGACAGCGGAGUCUGUGAAGAAGAAGAAGAAGAAGACAAAGACGAAGAAGACGGGGGGAGUCAGUUGAGGGGAAAGUUCACAGUCGGUCGACAACUGCGCGCCAUGGCGGGCAAAGGGAGAGUGUGUCCGGCCGGCCGCAGCCAGCCGCCCCACAACUCCUCGGACUCGGACUCAGAGGCGGACGGCGGACCCGUCCGGGUGUUCUUCGGCACCGGGCUGCCCGCCGGCUCUUUCCCGUGCAGCCAGGUGAUCCACAGCGGGCACUUCAUGGUGUCGUGCCCGCACAGCGACUCCGCGCCGCGCGGCAGGAAGAGCGGCGGCUCCACGAGAUACGACUUCGACACGGUGAACAGGACGUGGUGCCAGACGUACCGCUACGGCCCGCUGAGCUCCGGGAGCCUGAGCAUCGACCCCACGCUGACCCGCCUGUUCGACUGCAUGUCCCUGGCCUACAGCGCGAAGAUAUUCUCCCCCAAGUGGAAGUCUUUUAAGGGUCUGCGGUUGCUGUGGAGGGAUAAGAUCCGUCUGAACAAUGCCAUCUGGAGAGCUUGGUUCAUUCAGUAUGUGGAGAAGAGGAAGAGCUCAGUGUGCGGGUUCGUCACGCCGCUGGAGGGCAUGGAGUCGGAUUCAAAUCGCAAACCUGAAGCAAUUGUCCUAGAGGGCAGCUACUGGAAGCGAAGGAUUGAGGUGGUGAUCAAGGAGUACCACAAGUGGAGGAUUUACUAUAAGAAGAGGCUUCAGAAAAAGAAGGAUGAUAUUCUGUCGAUGCUCCAAGAGGGUCAAAUCUGCCAGGCCAAGCUGGAGAAAUGGUCCAAUCACAUGUACCAGGAGCCUGAGGCAGCGCCGGUGGAGGUCCACAUGUUUGACCUGGACUGCCUCCUGUCCGACAUCUCCGACACACUGUUCACCAUGACGCAGAAGCCGUGUCCCUGGGCCGGUGACCGACACGACACGUACACCAGUAAUGCUGAUAUUAUCCAGCCAGGUCUGACUCUGCAGCCCAACCUGGAUGAUUUCAUGGAUAUACCAGAUAUCUUUAUGAACUACCGGGGCCAGCCCACUGAGCAGACGGCUUUUGCUGACUGUGGCUAUUUCGAGAUCGCGCCCAGCGCAUCGUUUGCUCCGCUUCCCUCCUUUGUGGUGACGACUCCUCAGCUUCUCAUCGACACGCAGCUGGCCCAGCCCAAUCUGUCGUCUGACACUUUGCCUCCGCCCUCCUCCUCCAAUACCCGGCCGGACCAGGCCUGCGGUGAAUACCACACGUCUGGUGUCCUAUCGGGAGCCAUGCCCUACGGACAUCAAUCAUACCUCGAUCCAGCUGUUUCUAUAGCAUUCACCACGAGCAUCGAGCAGCCGGCCUCUUCAAGUAUCCCCUUCCUGUACCCGUUGCCAUGCCACAAGUUUGGUUUCUACACAACCACCAGCGUGACCCCCACGGUCAUCACACACACCGCCUCCACCAUGGGGGCUCCUGGCUACCCUCACACAGGGGACACGUACCCCCAGGCCCCCUGCCACUCUCUCGGUUACCCGGAGGCCGUGUCGGAGCCGGCUCACGCGGCGCUGCCCUCCGGCACCGCGGCCCACUGCUUCUCGGUCCCGGAGCAGGUGGCCGUCACGGGGGUCAGAGGGAAGCACAAGCAAAAGACGGGAGGGGUGAAAACAGUCGGCGCCUCCGUGGUGCCGGCUAACUCCCCGUCCACUGCGCCCACAGCCAGCAGCUGCCUGGCGAAGCUGCUCUCCUCCAGCGCCUGUGAACAGAAGCCACCGCUGGGAUUUAAUACUUCUUUAGUGACAGCCAAAGGUCAGAGGUCAUCAUCACCCAGCUCCUCGCAGUCAAGAAGCAGCGCUCAUGCCGUCGGGGCUUCAUCGCAGCUGCAGCACGGAGCUGGUUGGCCAGCGCUGACGCCUCUGCACAGUCAGACCGCCCCCCUGGGUCACAGCUCACCCCACGGCAGCACCUCCAGAGGCCUGGACGUGCCCGUCCUGCUCACCCACGGCUUAACGCUCCUCAUUCCCAAGACCGAGAAAGUAUCUCCCGUCCAGCUCUACGGCGCGGACAGGAGCAGCCUCACAGUUAAUUUUCCAGGACACACAGGUCAAACGUCACCACCAAACCCUUUGGAUCAAACCUCCAACCCCGAGUCCACACACUCAUGUUUCUCUGGACACGGAAAGAUAGAAUCAAGUAAGCAAACAGAGAGCAGGAGGAUAACUCACAUCUCGGCUGAGCAGAAGAGGCGCUUCAACAUCAAACUGGGUUUUGACACGUUACAUAACCUUGUGACAACGCUGAGCUCUCAGCCAAGCAUAAAGAUCAGCAAAGCCACCACACUGCAGAAGACUGCCGAGUACAUCAGUAAGAUGCAGCAGGAGAGAGCUCAGCUGCACGAGGAGGCUCAGAGACUCAGAGAGGAGAUCCAGGUCCUGAACUCUGCCGUCAACGCGUGCCAGCAGCAGCUGCCGGCCACCGGUGUGCCCAUCACACGGCAGCGCUUUGACCACAUGAGGCAGAAGUUCCGAGACUACGUCCAGGCACAGACGCUGCGAAACUGGAAAUUUUGGAUCUUCAGCAUCAUCAUCGAGCCGCUGUUCGAGUCCUACAAUGGAAUGGUGUCCACUGCCAGCGUGGAGGACUUGUGUCGAUCCACUCUGUCCUGGCUGGACCAGCACUGCUCCCUGCCUGCCCUGAGGCCCAUGGUUCUGAGUUCACUCCGUAUCCUGAGUACCACCACGGACAUCUUGACGGACCCCAGCCUGGUGCCGGAGCAGGCCACCCUUGCGGUCACCCGGGGUAACCCCGCCGCCGCCCUGGACCACUCCUUACAGCCCGCCACUCGGGACAAUGUACAGCCCAUGUGACCGAGGAGAACAGACUCAGGGGAAACUUAGCUGGAGUCCAGCAUAACGCACAGAGGAGCACGAGUCCGAGGAGAGCCUGUGGGAUGGUUUGAAAAGACGCAACGCUCCUCUCCCAGACUUUCGAAGAUGCGGUCCCUUUCCAAACAAAACUCACCAGCUGCAAAAAGAAUGGAUUCCAGUACUCCCAUAAAAAACAUACUAUUUGUGAUUCAUGCUUAAAUUAUUGUAGAAGCAGAAUAUACUUACUAUAUGCUACACGUUGUCUCUCAGCCUCAUGCGUUUUCUUUGGUUAAGCAAAAUGUUCAGAUGAAGUUCAGUCACUGUGAAAAGCUUUAAUUUAUGUUUCUGCAUUUAUUAUUAAUUCCUUUAACAUC